CCUCGCUUCCUCCUCCCAGCCGAUCCGAGCAGAGAGCUCCAACCAAAAUCAACCAUGCAUAUAUCCGUCCAUCCAUGAUCUCCAUGUGUCCAUCCACGAUCCAUCCGUAGCUAGCUGACACGGUGAUAUUUCCUUGCCAUCAAUCAAUCAAUCGGCCUCGAUCGAGCUCGAUCACGACCGCCGCCGCGUCUUCCAGCCGUCCAGGUCAGAGCUGUUAUUUAUAGGAGCUGGGAUUUGCCAUGGCUUCCUCCAAUAGCAAGAACGACUCUGGCAACAACAACAAGAACCCGCUGGACGCCAUGGGCGCCUUCUUCUCGGCCCAGGUGAACCGCCGCAAGCUGGUCACCACCGAGAAGCAGGCGCUGGCCACCCGGGCCACGUCCUCGGGCGACGAGUUCCCUGGCUCCGGCCACCGCCCCGCCGACCGCAAGACGUGGAUGUCCGAGCUCGGCCCGGACCGCGUCCGCGUGCACCAGGUGGUGUGGCCUGGCUCCCACGACUCGGCCACCAACAAGAUCGGGAUCCCCUUCAUCACCCGCCCCUUCGCGCAGUGCCAGUCGCUCUCCGUCUACGAGCAGCUCGCCACGGGCUGCCGCCUCAUCGACGUCCGCGUCCAGGAGGAGCGCCGCGUCUGCCACGGCGUCCUCGCCACCUACUCCGUGGACGUCGUGCUCGCCGACGUGAAGCGGUUCCUGGCCGAGACGGAGUCCGAGGUCCUGGUCCUCGAGAUACGCACCGAGUUCGGCCACGAGGACCCCCCCGACUUCGCCAAGUACCUCGUGGAGCAGCUCGGGGAGCACCUGAUCCCGCAGGACGAAGCCGUGUUCCACAGGACGCUUGCCGAGCUGCUCCCGCGGCGGGUCAUCUGCGUGUGGAAGCCCCGCAAAUCGCCGGCGCCAAAGCCCGGGGAGCCGCUGUGGAGCGCGGGCUACCUGCGGGACAAUUGGAUCGACACCGACUUGCCGGAGACCAAGUUCGAGAGCAACAUCAAGUUCUUGGGGCAGCAGCCGCGCGUGCAGGACCGGAGAUAUUUCUACCGGGUGGAGAACACGGUGACGCCGCAGGCCGACAACCCGGUGCUCUGCGUGAAGCCCGUCACGCGGCGCAUCCACGGGUACGCGCGCCUCUUCAUCGCCGAGGUGUUCGCCAAGGGGCUCGGCGACAAGCUGCAGGUGUUCUCCACGGAUUUCAUCGACGGAGACUUCGUCGACGCCUGCGCCGGCGUCACCAAGGCCCGCGUCGACGGCACCGCGUGAUCAGGGCAGGCAGGGCGUGUUAAAUUAGAGGUGUGGCCGCGCGCGAUUCGAGGAUUAUACUUUCGUCUUGGAUUUUCGUCGGCGUACGUCCGGGGUGCGCAGUACAGGUCAACAGGAGCAGUUGUGUGUGUUCAUGUGGGGCAUUCUUUACGGGUAAAUUAGGGCACGUACGUGUGGUUUAAUUUGCCUUGUAUUCACCGUGUUGAUGUUGUGUAAUUGCGUCUUUUGUGUAUAGUGGCGAGUUACAUGUACAAAUCAAGGAAUAAGCAGAAGUGUAUUGUUCGUUACUCACUCAAAAGUCGAAAGGCAAAGAAGUGUUUCGUUAA